AUGGAGGUCUCCGAGUAUACAGAGCUGGUGAACUUCCUCGGCAGUCCACCUGACAGACGAGAAUGGCCAGUCAACACACAGGUUCCACUUCACUCGUAUGACAUCAUUUUGCUGCCUGUAUGCCAUCAUGACCACUGGUUUCUAAUGGUUGGCUACCCAAAAUUGGAAACUCUGCUCAUUUUGGAUUCUCUGCCCAACAGACAAAGAGAAAAACAAUUUGCCAGACACUGGAGAUGCUUUAUGGAAACCCGAUUUCAAGCAGAGCCAUCAACUCCCUUAUCCUGGACCCUUAGCCCCAUUAAGUCCUCAGUUCAGAAAGAUGGACAUUCCUGUGGAGUUUUUGUGCUAAUGAAUUCAGCAGCCAUUUUAUCACACAUCUCCCCCCAAGUCAUGCGGCUGUGUCACAUCAAGGCCUACAGAGCUUAUGUGCGUGGGGAGCUGCUCACUAAUGGGAAAGCAGACAAAAGGAGCCUUGCGUGCGACCUUCCCUUCUGCGCAGCUAGCUACAGGAAACAGAUUCAGUGUAGUUCCUGCUUGAGAUGGUGCUACCAUGCCUGCCUUGGCAUCAAGGAGAAAGACAGUGUGGAAACAUGUAUCUAUUGUGCUUAG